AUGUUGACCAGAAUCGGCAACUAUUGGGUUUUUGUCGCGUGCCUGCUGUCCACUUCAUGUCUCUCGUGCUACUGGUACUACUCGUCUACUCGCUCCCACUCCGUGUCAUCAAUCACCAAUGUUUUGCCCGAUGUUGCUUCCAGUUGCUGCUCUUUCCCACAAGCUCCCUCCAUCUUCUCCCCCGACGCCAAGUUCCUGUCGUAUCUUCCGCAUAGUGGCCUCCACAAUCAACGCAUUGCACUCGAAAACGCGCUCAUUCUUGGUAAACUGACCAACCGGACUGUGCUUGUCCCGCCUUUGCGUCUCGGCUCGAAUCCCAUUCGAUAUGUGAGCUCCGACAAGCUGCAAAUCAUCCUCGCGCUUGCAGAGAAGACGGGACUACGACAUUGCCCCAAGCUUCGCUCUAGCUUCAUCCCGCCAGAAUGUCUAGACCAAGACUCGUUCACGCAUGUCUCUCCCGCCUGGCUCUUCAAUUUGAGCAGCUGGGACGUGAUUUAUCUCGACAAACUCUCGCCAAGUGCCAUGAAUCUCGACACAACUGACAUUCUGGACUUCCACGACACCCAUCCAUAUCAAUACCGCUUCUUAGACACAAACCGCGACUUGGCGACACUCAAACACAAGUACGAUGAAGUUGUCUACAUCCCCGACCUCGCAAACAGCUCCCAUAAGCUUCUUCAGCUGGGUAGUCUCUUCGGCUCUUCCCGGCUCAGACUGCGGCUCAAGGAGAACAAGCGAAUCCGUACCAAAGUCCGGCGUAGCAUGGCAUUUGCAAGUCCAGAGCUGCUAGCCGUAGCAAGCGACAUUCACAAGUCGAUGGGUGGGUAUUACUUCGGCGCGCAUAUCAGAGUCGGCGACGGAGAGUUUCAAGAGAAACGCGACCAGACCAUCCAGCAAGUGCACCAAAAGUUGACGAACGAGCUCCUUGAGCGCAAUACAACUUGGCAACAUUCUUCCCGCUGCCACGGCCCGGCGCUGUACAUCUCCACGGACGUCCCCAAUGCCGCAACCGACCCGCUUUUCGCCACUCUUCGACAAAGUUUUCCCUGUACCUAUUUCCUUUCCGACUUUGCUGCUCACCAUCUCGCGGGAAUGCGAAACACGUACGAUGGAUUGGCGAUGUGGCCGUUUCUGGUGCCGCUGGUGGACGCGAUGGUGGUGGGGCGGGCGGAGGUGGUGGUGGGGACGGAGAACAGCACAUUUAGCCAGUUUAUCGAGGAUGUGCUGUGGAGAGUGCAUCGGGGGUUGGGGAUAGCAGAGCGGGGAUAG